AUGAUGGACAGAAGCAACUCAAAAAAGGCCCGUUUAUCAAGGCUGGAUGGAGGCGAAAGUCACUACGCGCCCGACAGUGAUGGGAGCUCGCCAGACGAGACGACCGUCGGAUUAAUUGCCAACUUUAGGGCGACUUUGUCUAAGUUAGACAACCAAUUCUGCACGAUCGUUGGCGAGUACCAAAAGACGAUGAAAGAGAACCACGACCUCAAGCGACAAAUUGAAGAGCUUCUCGCGGCUGACUCGUCCUCAGAGCAGAAUCACGCCAUGAUCAAAACAGUACCUGGCGAGAAUCAACAAGAGAUGCCAUCAAGAACUGGAAUUCCUAAGUCGAAGAGUCAUUUUUCGAAGCUGAAAAAGGCGUACAACGAGACUAGCUCCAAAGUAAGUUCCGUGGUGUCUGCUGGCUUCAGAAAUACCAACUGUCAGGGCGAACUCGUCACAGAUUUCAUCGCCCAUCGCGACGCAAUUCAAGACCUAAAAACGACCGAAAAGAAAAACUUUUUCAUCACUGCCUCGCUCGAUAAAACUGCUAAAGUUUGGUCGGAAACCGGUCAAUGCCGGACAAAAUAUCAGGGACACAUUGGCGCUGUAAAUACUGUCGCGCUUCAUCCGACCGAGGAUCUUGCUAUUUCCGGCUCGGGAGAUACUGAAGUUCAUCUUUGGCCUUACAACUUGGAGAAUCUAAACAGCCCUUCCGAUCAGGAAGAUCAAGAGCUCGUCAUCAAUCAACCCAUUCUCAGAAUUGGCAGCCACGAUGCUAUUGUUUCAAGCAUCGCCUUCUGUCAAAACGAACGCGUCUUCACUGUCGGCUACGACGGAAAAGCGCAAGUCCACGACCUCGAGACCGCCAAGUCAAUCGUUGACCUGUGCGGCCACGAAUGUGCCAUAAAUCACUGCUCUGCCCACCCAACCCAGCCCAAUCUCGUUACUACUUCUUGCAAAGACGGCUCUAUCCGCGUCUGGGAUUACCGCGUUCCAAGUUCAACAAUAUGUAUUUCAACGCAGCAUCGUUCAGCCGUCUCUUCAACUUGUUUCUUAGAUAAUAACACGAUUAUUUCAUCAUCAGAGGAUAAAACUGUCAGGAUUUUUGACUUCCGAAAAAACCGUCCCGUCGAGCGCGUGUCAGUGGAUUCAGCCGUCAAUCGCCUUAGUGUCAACUCAGCCGGGGUCGUCGCGCUGCCACACGAUGAUCGUCAUAUUCGCUUGCUAACGGCGAAUUCGAAUCAAACGCGACUGAGAAGGAUACGCAACUCAAGAUCCCAUCAAAAUUCUGUCAUGUGCACUGCUUGGCUUCACAGUAAUUAUUCAAGUAACAACAACGAGCAGAAGUAUACAGUUCUCUCUGGCGGCUGGGAUCGCCGCGUCUGUAUCUGGCGCGUUCCAGUUUCCGAGCUCUGA